AUGAUAUAAUCUAGUUGCAUUCAAAAAUUUGAAACGGAUAAGUCUCCCCUCUCUCUCUCAUGGCCUCUGUUGCCCGCCUCUCCGUGGGUCUCUCCCCUUCUUCACCUUCAAAGCUUCCCCCAACACUACAACAACCGUCAUUGAAGGCCUUGACCACCUUUCGUCAAGCUCGGAUCCCUCUAACUCUCCGGAGAGAUUUCCUUAGGAGUCUAUCUCUGCUGCCUCUUCUCCGGCGAGACCCUCCUCCGGCUGAAGCUCGAGAUGUCGAGGUCGGCUCCUACCUCCCGCCGUCUCCCUCUGAUCCUUCUUUCGUCCUCUUCAAAGCCUCUCCCAGGGACACUCCGGCUCUUCGCGCAGGGAAUGUGCAGCCCUACCAGUUUAUCCUUCCACCAACUUGGAAGCAGACACGAGUGGCCAACAUACUCUCUGGAAAUUACUGCCAGCCCAAAUGUGCUGAGCCCUGGGUGGAGGUAAAAUUUGAAGAUGAAAAGCAGGGAAAAAUCCAAGUUGUGGCUUCUCCUUUAAUACGUCUGACUAACAAACCCAAUGCCAAAAUUGAAGAAAUUGGCAGCCCUGAGAAGGUGAUUGCCUCUCUUGGCCCUUUUGUCACGGGGAACACAUAUGAUUCAGAUGAACUCCUUGAAACUUCAGUUGAAAAGCAUGGUGAACAAACGUAUUACAAGUAUGUGCUUGACACUCCAUAUGCUUUAACGGGUUCACACAAUCUUGCAAAGGCAACGGCAAAGGGAGACACAGUCGUCCUAUUUGUGGCUAGUGCAAAUGAUAAACAGUGGCAGACAUUCCAGAAAACUCUGAAAGCCAUGCUUGAUUCUUUUGAAGUGUAAUUUUGUCAACGGUGGAAGAACAGAAGUUUAUCUGAGCAAAAAGGCAAAUUCGCAGCCAACGAUGGCCAAGAUGCUUAAAAGUAUUCCGGAGCAGUGGGUUUUUUCCAUUUUUGGCAUAUGAAAUCACUUCUAUCGGACUGAAAUGCUGGGACACAUGCUUAAAUAUAUAUAUUGGCAGAAUGACCAUUACAUCAAUGCCACACCAGGGAAGCCCUUGUAUGCAGCCCCUUAUCUCCCAACACCAAAUAUGAAUUCCUUCUGUAAAUGGACCCAUCUUAUUCUAUUGCUGCAGCCAAUUUGCUUCUGGGUAUUUUUAAUCACAUUUUAUUCAUCUGGAAUGCCUCUGAAUUAUGCAUUUCUACUA